GAUACUACCGCUAGGUGCGUCACGUCAUUGUUUAUGCGGAGUAGCGUAGGUUUCGUAAAUGUUUAUGAGUUUUGAAUCGAAUUACCAAAAAUGGGUGUAAAGGAUCUUUGGAAUAUUUUAUCACCUUUAUGCGAGAGAAGACCGUUGUUCGAACUUCAAGGAAAAGUUAUAGCAAUUGAUUUGAGUUGUUGGGUAGUAGAUAGUCAAAGCGUAACUGAUAAUAACGUUCAACCGAAAAUGUAUCUUAGGAAUCUAUUUUUUCGUACUGCAUUUCUUCUUACACAAGGAAUAAUACCGGUAUUUGUAUUAGAGGGGAAAGCACCGACAUUAAAACACAAAACUAUUGAAAAAAGGAAUAAUGUUCGAGCUGGAUUUCAGGAAAGAAAUAUUGCUAGGAAAGGAGGAAGAACUAAUUUUAAUAGAAUUCUUAACGAAUGCAAAGAACUACUUAGAUAUAUAGGUAUAGCAUGCGUGCAAAGUGAAGGAGAAGCUGAAGCUAUGUGUGCUUAUUUAAAUGAGGAUGGCCUUGUAGAUGGUUGUAUAAGUCAAGAUAGUGAUUGUUUUUUAUAUGGUGCAAAAGUUGUAUAUCGAAAUUUUUGUAUAAGUGCUCAAGGAAAUAGAUCUGGUACUGGUGGAGCUGUUGAUGAGUAUAAUAUAGAAAAAAUAGAAAAUACUCUAAAUUUAGGAAGAAAUAAAAUGAUAGCACUUGCUUUAUUAUGCGGAUGUGAUUAUAACGAAGGCGUAAAUGGUGUAGGGAAAGAGGCAGCUUUGAAAUUUUUUAAAACUGUCAGUGAUUCUUGUGUUUUAGAAAGAAUAAAAAGUUGGAGUACUGAUACAAAUUUUGAAAAAAUGGAGGCUGAUUUAUUAAAUCCCAAUGUAUGUACAUCAUGUGGCCACACAGGAAAAUUACAUAAACAUACAAAAUCAGGUUGCAUAGAAUGCGGUACUGUUAUUAAAUGCAAAGAUGCAUAUAAAGAGGAAAGAACACUUAUAUUAAACGAGAUACAAAUUAGGAAAAAGGCUCGUCUUAAAGAAGAUUUUCCAGAUCAGGAACUCUUAGAUGAAUUUCUCAUUCGAAAGCAUUCUAUACCCUCAAAAUUAGAUUUAGAAUGGAAACAGCCACAAAUAGAUAAAUAUAUUGAUUUCGUUGAUAAAUAUUUAACUUGGGAGCCACAAUAUGCGUUUGAAAAAAUUUUUCCUUUAGCAACAAGAUGGCAGCUUCGUUAUCUUCCAAGUAUUUCUCCUGAUAUGUAUUUCUCGAUAAAUAAUUUAUUUAUACCUGAAAGGAUAAAGAAAGUACGGAAUAUAAAAUCUAUCGCCAAUUAUGAAAUCAUAUGGACAGAUACUUCUGGUAUAAGAGAGAAGUUAAAAAUGUGUUAUGACAUAUCAGAUAAGGAAAAUAACGACGAUGAUAUUACAAAUAAGGAGCUUGUAACUAUCGAACCACAAGUCGUUGUUUUGAAAUGUUAUCCGGACUUAGUCGAAUCUUUUGAAAUGGAAAAGAAUAAAAAGAAACCACAAAAAAAAACCACUAGUAAACGAAAACUAAAUAAAGAUAGAAAUAUUAAUAUCAUUGACGAAGGUAACGUGAAAAAGCCUCAAAGAAAAACUAAGAAAAAGCUUGUCGAAGAUCAAAAUAAUAGAAAGAUCGAUGAUUUUAUUUUAAAAACUCGACCUUUAUCAUUAGAAGAAUCAUUUGAGAGAAUGAGUAUAACGCCGAAAAGAUCUAAACAAGGAUGUGAUCCUAACGAGGAUAAUAUUGACAAGAAUGUUGAUCAGAAUUUUGUAAAAUAUUCAAAGAAUGGUGUUAAAUAUCCGCCUCAAAUGAGGAGAGUAUUAGAAUUAGAAAAAGUUAAGGUAAAAUUAGAUAGUACAUUAGACAGAAUGUUUCUUGAGCUUUCUCCUGAAGAUUUUACAAGCGAAAAUGAGGAUGCUGAUCUAAAUAUGACCGGAGUAAUAGAUAGUAUAUGUAAUAGAUAUACUUUUCAAGAUGAGCAUAGAGUUAAUGAAAUUUCUAGCAUAAUUAAAAGUGAUUUAGAUAGCGUAGUUGUUUCAACGAGUAAUCAGAAUCUUGUUAAAGAUAUGGGAAGUACAAAAUGUAACUCUAUUAAAUGUGAUCGUGAUGUAUCAAUCACAAAAAACACAAUGAACGAUAUUCCUGAUGAAUUUGAUGAUAUAGAAUCUUAUGUACCAAUAUAUGAAAGAAUUCAGAGGAGAUGUAAAAAAGAUACUACUAGAAAAAGUAAAAAAUUUAAUAUAACAAAAUGUAGUUUUGGCUUUAAUGAUCUUAUGAACGAAACAGAUAUAGAAAAUGUAUAGCUUUUAUAUGUAUUGUAUUUAGAUAUAUUGUGCAUGUUAAAUAUUAAAGAAUCUAAAAGAAUUUUUAUACGACAAUAUUGUAAUACUGUAUAUAUACAUAUAUAUUUAAUUAAAAAUCGUCCAUUUCACCGACUUUAACAGACUUAAACAUCUUUGUACAAAAUAA